CACGGCCCAAAGGCCCAAUCCACACAACAACACCGCCAAAAUGCACGACGACGAGCCCGAGGUCCACUGGUUCAAAGUUAUCAACAACAGUGAUGCGACUCAAAAAUACAUCAUGUUUGCUCCGCCUCCCACUCCUGACUUUGAUACUCCGAUCUGGCAGGCCAGCGAUGACAUUGGCAACGAGACUUCCUGGGAGGUCCACACCACCGCUCCUAUCUUUGCUGGUGUCGGAACCCAAGACGGGACCCAGAUCACAGUCAAGGACAGCGGAUGGGAGGAUUCGGGGAUUACUAACGGAGGCCCAGGUAAGGUUUUCAAACUUAGCUUCGAUGGCAAUGGAGAUCCCGGCCUAGAGGAUUUGGGAAUUGUCAAUGACGCGGGAAAUACCUUUAGCGUUUCUAUUGAAGAUCUCCCAGACAAUGGUAAAACGUACGUGAUUGUCUUUGGAAAACGCGACGGUCCUAAAAGUGAUAUUAUUGCGCCAUGCGCAUCUAUUACUGCCAAGCCAAAUACCCACCAGCCGGUGACCCCUAUCAUCCAGCUGUACUUCUACAACGACUCGGGCACGGCGGGCGGUCUGAUUGAUUACGAUUCGUUGAAGGAUAAGGCUGCACAUAUCGACUUUGCAGUUCAUACUCCGGAUGCCAGUCUUUGUACCGUGAUUCAUAAGACGUCGUCGUGGGAAACAGCUUAUGACAACACCCUUCCUAAUCAAGAGUAG